GCAUGCCCUAAAUCGUCAAAUAACGAAGAGAAAGUAAAAGUUCUGGGUGGGAAAGGUAAGCCAAGGCCGCCGCGCUGCUGAGGAGGACUUUCGCUGGCACAGUGUGGAUGGGAGGUGUGAGUUGGAUGUUACAGUUGUAGUGGAUCUGUGGGUGGCAGUGCAACUGUGUGGUGGUGUGUUGUGUUGUGUGAUAGUGAAUGGUUCCGAGAGAUACUACUAUUACUACUACAUCUCACAUUUGUUAAACGACUAGUGACUACAGUCCUCCACCAAAAUCAAAUCUCGCCCGUUCAAGACAAAGCGAUAAACUCGACGACCCGGGGUGUUUUAACUGAAACUAAACCACUCGAUCAUUAUCAUCCCUGUCAGAUGGAUGAUUGAAACUGAAACACGACGAUUCACGAAACUUCUUUUUGUGUUGUGGAAAUGAAAUGAAACAUAUCUAACAUAUUUCGGGAGGUACUCGUAAUUUGUUGUCAUCAGCUGCUUCGUUCGUCGGUCAAAAAAAAGUCGUCCUCGCUGGAAACAGAGAUGUUGGAAAAUUAAGAUAAAUUCGUUCGAUGGAAUUUGGAGUAACGAGACGUGACAUUAAUCAGUGCAGAACAAAUAGACGUAAUUGAGAAUUAAUAAUGACAGUUAGAUGAUAAAUGACAGUGGAAUUGUCUCUACCAAUUUGUGUCUAGGAGAAAAGUAAAUAAAAGUAAAGCUGAUUGUGGCCUGUAUAGUGUUUUUGAUAGUGCUGAGGAUACAUUAUCAUGGUUCAAAGCGUCGACUUUCCGUUGUUUUACUACAAUAGGAUGAUGGCCGAAUCCACCUCCCCCACUAGACCAGCUUCUACAAGAGUAAACACAAUGACGGAUGAGCUCCUGUCGUUGAAGUGGAAUAAUCACAAGUCCACUUUUGCUGAUAUUCUUACAAUACUCAGGGACCAGGAAGUAUUCAUCGAUGUGACAUUGGCAUGUGGUGGGAAACAGUAUCCAGCUCACAAAUUUGUAUUGUCAACAUGUAGCGAUUACUUUAAGGAAAUGUUUACCAAGAAUCCAUGUAAACAUCCAAUAGUGUUUAUGAAAGAUGUUUCCGCAAGAGACUUGGAGGCAUUAUUAGAUUUUAUGUACAGAGGUGAGGUGAAUGUUCCCCAUCAUAAUCUAGCUUCAUUAAUUAAAACUGCAGAGGGACUGCAGGUGAAAGGAUUAGCUGUCCCCGAUGAUCCUGUGCAUCUCAGAAGGCCUGACAGAUCGUCCAGAGAGGUUCCUACUCCAAGGCCAGCUGCAGACCCUGCUGUAAGCCCACCACCAAAGAAAAAAAGAGCUCCAAGAGAUUCCGAUUAUAUGCCUGUUGGUCCAGUAGGCCUUGUGUGUAGUAACUGGUCUCCCCAAGAACCGAAUAGUCCCUAUGAUUUGUCACAAAAAUCAUCCUCAUCAUCCGUGUCACAAUCCGAUAAUGUCCAAAAUGAGUGCACCCAGUCCGUAUCUCCCGACCAACCUCAUCAAUCUCAUCAACCUCAUUACCCCAACAAGGAAAGCUCUCCAGAUGAUACCAAGCAUGUCUCAAGUACGCCACAACCUCCACAAACUCCACAACCUCCACGGUCACCUUUACCUCUUCCACCAACCUCAGAAGUUAAUUGUCAAGAAAAGCCACACGAUGAAUCCGAUCCACUCCCUGGACCAUCUUGGAAAAGUUCUGCAAAGAUGGAAGAAGAUGUGGUGGUCAAGGAAGAUGUCUCAGUUGAAGAGGAAGAGGAGGACUGGGCUGUAGAAAGUGGGACAGGAAGUGAUAUGGGAGAUGCCAGUAGUGGGGGUGAACACCCUCAUUCUGAUCUCCAUACCCAUGAAUCCUGUCCUGAAGGUAGUCUAGGCUCCUCCUUUGACCCUGCAUUGAAGGAUUUGUCAUCAAAGUCAUCCAAGUUGAAACGAGAGGACCAUUGCAUGAUGAGCCCACAAGGUCAUGGCAGCUUACCCCCUCACCAUUCUCCUGGUCCUUUAGGGAGUUCAAUGCUGUUACCUCCUGGGUCUUUAUGGUCACAAGAUGGCAAUGUGAAUGUGGAAGAAAUAUUACCCUGCCCUAUUUGUGGUAAGCAGUUUCCUAAAAAGAGGAAAUCAAAUCUUCAAGUGCACCUAAGAACUCAUACUGGAGAGAGACCAUUCAAAUGCCAGCAGUGUGGUCGAGGCUUCAAGCAAAAAGCCCACCUAGAAAAACACCAAGAAAAAUCAUGUCAUGUCAUGUCUGAGUAUGUGCCUUAUCCGUUUUUUCCCAAGAUCUGAGCGGUGGGCCCUGCCUACCCGCUCAGUACCAUGACCCGAGAGGCUCGUGCUCACCUUGGCCAAGCGAUCCUACCUCAGUCCUGCCUCAACAGACCCUCGACCUGUGCCAGAAGAGCAGUGACUCUACACCUCGGUUGAGCAUAUGCAUUACUCCGUAGCUUGUAACUCAACGAUGUGAUUGUUGUGUGUGAGGUGACAAAGUUGCCCACAUCAACCAUUUAAGUUUUAUGAUUGACUGAAAAACCAGAUGGCUUUAAUAAACUGCCCUUGCAGGGCACCAUGUGAAUCUCUUCAGUCAGAAAUCAUUAUUAAGUAUAAGUAAUGAUUAUUUUUGAUUUUUUGCUAUAUUCUGUCUACACGGGUACAGCCGUCCGAUAUUAGUUUUGUAUUCACUUAUAUGUACAGUUAUUAAACCCAGUGUUAUAGGAAAUAUUGCUGAUUGCAACAGCUUUUGUAUAUGUAUUGUAUGUAUAUAAAGGCCCUGUACAGAGAGAAUUACAAACAGUUUCUCAUCUAUUGGCUUAGCUUCUUAUUAGUGCCCUACAAAGGAUCAUAUCCUUCCAAAUCAUGUGUCAUAUGCAUAUAUAUAUAAUUCUCUAUCUUUAUCCCUUUCCAGAGUCCUGCGUUAUAUUUACAUGUACUAUAUGUAUAUAGUUCAAAUUUAUAUACAAUUUAUUAAGGAUAAAAAAUGAGUAUAUAAACAGUAUAUAAAUAUCUAUAUAAAUAUAUAUAGAAUAUAUUAUCUUUCGGUAUUGCUGUGGAAGAUUUAUGUGUAAUGUGUCCUGUUGGAACAAUAGGAUGUGGUAUUGAAUGAUUAGUGUAAUGAUUAUCUGGGCAUUGAUUGUUACCCAAAGUUUUUGAUUCUUUCUUUCUUCCUGAUAUCAGUAAUAUCAAAUUUACUGUGGUGUUCAAUUUUAGUCUCUGCUGGUUCCUUGCAUUGAAUGCGUAAUCAGCUAGUACUCCGUACCAAAACUAAUACAGUGUAUUAUGCAUGUAUACAUUUAUAUAAAGAAUAAUUAGGAAUAUAGAAACUGUAUAACUGAAUUUAUCAUAAAUCUAUUCUUAAAUUCUAAUGACAAAAUAUAGAUCUGAUGUGUACAUAAACUGCCCUAGUGACUUGAUACCAUUGUUAUCUAGUGUUGGGCAGUUUUACAUUUGCGUUACGUAUUAAUAUUAAAGAUAUAUGUUUUCAAAAGAAAAUAAAAAAAAUUUAAAUAUUUACUUUUAGUUAUAAUUUACUGCAGAACAAAUGCUUUUAUUCCAUCGUGGGGCACCUUUGCAUCUGCACUUCUGUUAACAUAGCUCAGGCAACCUUUUGAAAUCCCCUACUUGAGCCAAAUGUUUGACCAGUUAGUUAUAAGGCUAUAAGCAGCCCUUCAUUGUGAUAUUUCUUAUCUUAUAACUAUGUGGUUGAUAUUCUGAAUUUUAUUUUUAUUUCCAAUUUGUGGCUCUUGGAGUCUCAUUGGCUGUAAAUGAUUAAGGACAGAAACUCAAGUAAAAGCUUUUAAAGAAAUUUUGUCUUCUAUCCAGUCUGUGGUUGAGGUCUUGUAAAUCCUGUAUAUAGAAUUACUGUAUAGUCAUUAUUUUAGUAAUCUGUACCUAUACGCACCCUUUAAUAUGAAUUCUCUCUUUAUCCAGGAAAUAAAAUGCUAUUUUCUCGAAAA